AUGAAUUCAGAAUAAAACCCUAGCUAACUAUUCUCACCAAAGGAAGAAAGUGCUUCUUCAAAUUAAAAGCUAAAGGCUUCUACUUAAAAAAAUAGGGUCAGAAAAUUCAAAACAGAAGAUUUUUCUCUUAAAAAAAAACUAUAAAAUCAAACAUUUUAUGGGAAAUUCAAAGUGAUAUGUAAAGGAAUGCAACAAUAUAUCUAUGUUCUAUUAGAAGAUCCAAAUUCCUCGGCUAUUGCUUAUGUAAUCUAAUUCUUAUUGCUAACAAGUAUUUUGUUAUCAUGUGUAGCCAUAAUUGUUGAUUCAUUAAUGGAUAAUGAGAAUAAUUAGGAAUAUGAUAACAUUUCGUUCUAUCUAGAAUAUUACUUAUUCAUAUUCUUCGGUUCAGAAUACUUUUUAAGAAUGUUCAGUUCAACUGCUUUUGAUUCAACUUUCACUCAAUUUAUUCUAUCCCCGCUAAACAUAAUUGAUUUGUUUGCCAUAACUCCAUUCUUGUUUAAUUUGAUAUUUGAAGGAGCUAAUCUUUCUGGAUUAAGAGUCAUCAGAAUCAUUAGGUUCAUGAGAGUAUUUCGAUUAUUUAAAUUAUCUCGAUUUAUUAAGGACAUGUUGAUGAUUGUAGACACAGUUAGGAAUUCACUUAGGGAUAUUCUUAUAUUGAUAACCAUGUUUUUGUUCCUUGUGUUAUUUUUUUCAAUUAUAGUAUACUACUUGGAAUUCAAUGACAACAUUGAAAUAUAUGAUGAAUAAAAAAUAUAAUCAAUAUCAGAAGCAAUUUGGUGGUGCAUCGCAACAAUGACAACUGUUGGAUAUGGAGACAAAUUACCGUUGAGUUUAUCUGGCAAAUUUAUUGCAUGCAUUGCUGCAUUCUUUGGAAUCACAUCUGUUUCAUUGCCUGUUGCUGUUAUGGGAAUGAAUUUAACUUAAACUUUAAGAAUUGCAGAAGAGAACAAUGAGAUUGUAAAAAUAAAAGAAUAAUUUGCUGUUGUAGAUUCAGAUCCAAAUUUAUAAGAUUAACAAACUUUAAAUCUCAAAGAAUUGAAGUUCAUGGAAAGAAGAUUAGAAUAAUUAUUGGAUAACAAUUAAAAAGUCAUGGAUUUUGUGGCAUAAUCUUAGGAUUUGUUCGAUGAAGUUACAUAAGACUUGAUGAGUCUCUAUUCUGCCUUAACUGAAUAAUUGGAUCUCCAUAUUGAAACUAAAAUUAAAAACCUGAAAGCAAAGCAUAGAAUUAUGAAAAUGGAGAAAAAUCUUAAUUAGAAAAAAUCAAUAGAAUUGGGUUAAGUAGUCAAGGCUUUUAAAGAAAAGCAGUAGAUGAUGUCUUAGCAAUCAAUCUUAAUGUGUGAAGAAAGCUAAGCAGAUCUUUUCAGUGUUGCAAGCAGAUAAAGCAAAUCUUUUAUACUUAAAAAGAGUGAAAAAUUAAGAAGUAAAAAUAAUAAAGGAUCUUACAUGUGUAUAAUAAAUAAUAAUAACAAUAAUAACAAUAUUCAUAAUAGUGUUCACAACCCUUAUAAAACUUAAACAGAUAUUAAUGAUAACCAUGAUGCACAUAACAAUAGCAUAAUUUAUGCCUAAAUUAGUUCUAAGAAUUCUGCCAUCUAAAAUGAUGUCUUAUAAAAUUUAAAAGGAAAUGCUGAAUUCAAGUUUAAUUUAGAGGAUUCUAGUGGAAAUAUUGAUGAAGAAAGCAAUAAUAAUGAAAACAAUUUAGAUUGUAAAAUGUAAAGCCUCUCAAAUAUCUAAGAUGUUCGAUUGAAAAAUAGUAUAAAAAAUAAUAUUAAAUGA